CCGGGGGGAGGAGGGAGGCAAGGGAGACCAUCCCCUCUCCCUGCUGCUGUUGCUGAAGCUGUGCCGGGGAUGGAGCCGUCGAUGUGGCUCCCCAGAGUUAGUUGCUCAGCAACCAGAAUCAAUUAAUAUGCUUUGCAGAAAGUGCAGGGGAAGCCCGAGCUGCUGUCAGCGAGAAGGCAGGAGACUGAGGGUGACUCAGGAUCCCACUUCUGCCUGACACCCAGGCGGUCCCACCCCAUCCUCUCCAAACCCCCCGUUAGCCACCGUUCUUUAUCCCUUUCUCUUUCCCUAUGAUAACUUAGUGCAUGUGUCCCCAAACCCUACAGGCAAGGUAUCUCCUUGCGCAAGAACUCUCCUGCUUUGAGGGUUUUGCUUUUAGAUCUAAUUUGUAUUUAGGUGUUAUUUGUCAAGUUUUCUCCAACACUUUUCUAGAAAUUCUAAUAUCCAUGUUCCUUGGGAAGGGAAAGGGACAGCUGAUGUUUUUGUCAGAUGGUUUUAAAGAUUCCUCAGAAUGAGAAAGGUUGUUUGGUAGUGCACAGUUGCGCAGCAAUAAUGAAAAUGCAUCAUGUGUGAACUGGGAAAGUUUUUGCCUCUUCUUUUAUUACAGUCCCUCUGAUGACACCACAAAUCUGGGAAUGAAGAACUUCUUAGAGCUGAUUGGAAAUGGCAUUGCGGAGCUGAAACUUAACUGGAGGAAAUAUAUCUCCUGAAGAGGAAAAUAUAAUGCACUGUAAGGAUCUGACUUCUGGUGAAAAAUUCAAGCCUAGAGAAAACUUGUCCGCUUUGUUAGGAAGAAUGGGUUGGACAAUUUUCUUCAAUUCCAAAGGAUAUCUGAAUGCCAUGCUGAGCUUAAUCUCUGCAGCAUGCUCUGUGCUUCUCAUCUCUUCCUGAUGCACUGCAUGCCCUUCUCUGGAGCCUCACAUGGAGGUGCAGCUUUGCCCUGCAGAAGUCAAGUCACGCGUGAAGAGAGAAACAACCUUCCUGGAUCCCUGCAGGUUAUCCUGAAGGGGAGGAUAAAGAAACUGGCCACCAAGAUGGUAAUCACUAGUGGAAAUGAAGAAGAUAAAGGCAGUCAAGAAAAGGAAAGCAAAGAAGAAACCAUCUUGGCAAUGCUCGGAAUUAUUGGGACAAUUCUGAAUCUCAUUGUGAUCAUUUUUGUGUAUAUUUACACAACGUUGUAAACUAGAAGGCAUGCAAAUAGACCAGAUAAAACGGCCAUUAAGAGUGACAACAAACAUUGCCGACUAUUGACAAGUUGUUUAAUCAGAAUUGACUGUGUAUUAUAUUAACACAUCAUAAAAGCACUGCCUGCAGGCAGCGGAGGCUGAAGCACAAUUAAUUUAAUAAGACUCUUUCACACAGUAACAAGCUUAACUCUUCUGUCCUGCCCUCUUCCUUUCGGUUUGGGGGAAAAUGACGGCAAUUAUGUAAGUUGUAGCUUUGAAGAAAUCCACCAGGGAUAUGUUGUUUUAACACAAUUAAAAAAAAAAAAAAAAGAAAGAAACUGUACAACUGUACACUAUAUACAAUUAGAAAUGUAUACUGUAUACUCGCAAAGAUUGAACGCAAAGAUAGCAUCAUAGCACAGAUCACGUGUCUGCUAGGUCAAAUGAUUUUUUCCUCUUGGUUUUUGCUUUUACUUACAUUGAAUCUGACAAGCUUUUUAUUUAGAAUGAACAUAUGGUGCAAUCAUGAAAAAUCAAUUCCAUUGAGCAAGGUCUGCCUAAACCUGAUAAAAUGUUGGGAGAAAUACAUUACAUGUUUAUUUUUCUUUUCUUAUUUGCUUAACAUCUGUGUCUGUUCAUACCGAUGUUUAUAAAUAUAUAUUUUUAAUAAAUGUGCUAUAUUUUUAGCAUGAACCAAAUAUUUGGAGACACUUGUAUUCAUGCAGCUAAAUUUUGUUUGAAAUGCACUUUUUGACAAUGGAUGUUAUUUUUCUCAGCAAUUAUACAGCAGUCUUGUUUGCAGCCCUCUCACUGUAGUCUGGAGCGAGCUCACAUCAUGCUCAUAUGCAUGACUUGAAGUUGGAAUGUCAGCUGAAAAGCAUUGCUGCUUAAUACAGGAAAUAGCAAAACAUUGUAAGGUGACCUUUGGAGACUGGUUGCAGAAAGAAGGCUCUAUUUAUAGCUUAAAAAAAAAAAAGAAAAAGCAAAUGAAAGGAAUUUUGAAGCAUCUCACAAAAUAUUACAAAAUUCACAGAAUUUAUGUCUUUCAGAAUCUGGCCACACUCUCUAAGUACUUAUAUUGAGAGAAGCGAGCAGAGGCUUAUGUAGCUGACAAAAGAAAUUUAGAGAGCCUGUAGUGAGGGGCUUAAGUGAAAUCCAGACUGUAAAUACAGAGUAUAUUUUAAAUGGGAGGAUAAUUAACCCUUUACGCUUCUCUGAUGUGCUUUAGCAGAGGUCGGUGCAGUCAAAUUCCCUGACUUGUGUUUUUGGCAGGAAUGUGCAAUGUGAUGAUGAUCACCAUUUUUCUUCAGAGUUCAGUACCUAUAAAUAUAUGAAGCAUUAAAAAUAUGAGACCUCAAUUCUGCCUCAAGCUGCCUAAGUACAUUGCCCAUUAACUCUGACAUAUCCUCUUAAAAAAUAGGUCAAUUAAUUGUUUACUGACUUGUGGUUUGAAUUGCAUCCUCAGAUGUACGAUGGGGACUGCUGUUGAAGUCAGCUGGAGCAGUAAAAAGUUUGAUCUUAGAGUCUUAUUUACUUUAGUGAUCAGUCCUGUCCCUCUGGAAUCAGUGAUGAGCUUUUCGUCAGUUUACAGGGGAUAGAACUGGUCUCAAAGACACAGAGUUUCAUUGCAGGAUAUGAAAGCAAGCCUGGAGAAGCCUGAGGGGCACCUCUCAUAAACAAACAGAGCUGUUUAGUCUCUUGUAGUAUUGCACAUUCAAUAAUAAAACUGUUAGGAGAAGGGAAAAGGUCAGUAAAUGAAUUAAAAUGAAAUCCAGUAUGAAGACUGAAGGGAAAAAGAGCAAAAAUAGUUUCCUGUUAAUGAAAACAGGACAGGGUGAGAGAGGUGAGAAAAUGAGCAGAGAUUUGAACAAGGAGAGAAUGGCGCAGAGAGUACGAAGCACGCCGGGGUGCUUGAGGAAACAUUUGUGUACGGACGGUGGUGGUAGAGCUGCAGGUCUUGGAGAGGGUGAGAAGCAUUAGUGGCACAGCUUCAGUGGAGCUGGGUGAGGCUGAUCUCGUUUUUUUAUUUAUAGUUAUUGAUUGGCAAUGCUAAGGAAUUAGCAAACUCUGCUUUUUGAUCAUUCUGAAAGAAAAAAAAGGCUAAAAUAUAUUUGCCUUCACUCUGCAUUUUUUCUUCUGGUUAAACUACUACUGAUCACAGCAUGUGGCAAUGGCACUGGCACUCCUGUCCCAGAGCACACCUGCACAUACGCUAGGCACCUGGCCAACUCCAGCCUGCCCCUUGCACUGGCAGGAUCCUCUCUGCAGAUGUUUCUCUUGAACCUCUCCUCCUUCUCCAGCAAACACCAAAGCAAUCUGCCUGAGGCUCAUACCCGUCUUCUGGAUGGGAAGCCUGGGGAAAGGCAGUGUCCGAGGGAAGAGAUGAGCUCUGAUACCUGAUAUUUCUUUGCCUCGCUCUGCAUCAUAUAAUAAUAUGUGUCAUCUUCUUAUGGGCAUAAAGAUGCUUAAUGAAUGAAAUUUCAUGAAGUACGUCUAUUGAUAUUACAAAUUAAAGCCCUGCAUUGUAAAAUAACACGUAACUCCCCCACCCUCCUAAAGUAAAGUAGCAACAUUUGCCGCUCAUCACAGUUGCACUCCUUCAGAUAUGGGCCAGCAUCUUCACCAGGACAGGCCCUGCAAAUAAGCUGGUGGAUCAACAAGCCUAAGGGCUCUGUGUUUACUCUGCCUUUCCCAACAGAAGACCCAUUAGGGGAAGAGUUUCCAGCUGUGGAUGUGCUGUACUUUGCCUGUUAGUCUUAGCGUAGGCAGUGUGACCAGGUGCCUACCGCCCUGCGCCGCCAGCAGCCAUGUGCUCUAUGCUUUGCCACGGGGCUUUUAUUGCACCCUGGCAUAGGAAGAAAGGCUUAUCCCAUUCCAUAAAAAGUUUAACACUUAAUAUUUUAAUUUUACAGGUUUCUGUUCACAGAUGGUUCUAGAAAUAUCCUGGGGCAAGUACUUCUUAAGUAGAUUCAUUAAGUAUUCAUUUAAAUAAAAAUUAAGAGUAUCCUUUGAGGCCAAUUUCUUUACUUUUUAUUUGGUAUUCAUGAACACUGAUAUGGGAAAAGCAUGUUUUCAAGACUGACUGUGUGAAGGAAGUGUUUUAUACAAAGAUCCAAAGGUAUGCCUACCCAGGCAGCCACACGCAGGCCUGCUUUCAGCUGAAUGCCAGCUGGAGCCAAAUUACCCUCCUGCUUUUCCAUGUGAGCAGUUUUCAGCAUGCACCUAUAAGAAAUAUUCAACUAGGUAGCACAUAUAUCAUGGAUACCUUGUAGUCAGUAACUGCAGUAUAAAUAGUGGAAUAAAACUUCUCAUUACAGGUGCUGAAUGGUAAAUAUGCUUUGGCAAGGAAAAAGCUGAUAGUCUCAUUUUUGGCUUGACUUGCAGGUAAUGCAAAUAGUUUCCAAAGUACAUUUUUUUUAACUAAAAUACUACUUCAUUAGUGACAGGAACUUUCAUGUUUACAUUUGAGUAGAAGGAAAUUACUCUCCAAUAUCUUAAUAAGAUAUGAAAACACCAUCUUUUUCUUCUGUCAACUAAGAAUGCCAUUGUAUUUUUAAAUUAUCCUAUGUAGUUUGAAGGUUUGUGUUAUGGGAAUGAAAAAUAUUUUCUUGAGGUGACAGGAAUGUGUCAUUCUCCCCACCAGUGUCAUGUGUGUUGUCCGGUGGGUCCAGAAGACUUCAAGAAAGAAGAUGAUAAAACUAUUUAAUUCACAUUAUGCACACAAUCAAGUGAGAAGGAAGAAGAAAGAUAGGCUACCGCUCUCACCUCUGGUUUCUAUAACUGCCACUGAAAAUUCAUCAUCUCAGGAAUCACAUCUCCAUACAGGAAUGUAUCUUCUUGUGUGCUGGCUGACAGGGCAGUCUUUCCAGUUAUGUACCUUUUGCUCCUGCUUGCAUCUCUGCAGCAGUGUGUGACUCAACGCGCCUCAGGACAGUUUUCACAUGUAACUGGCCUGGGAGCCUCUGGGAGCUGCUGUUUUGGUUUAUUGUGGUGUAAAGGCCUACUAUGGCACCGAGUUCUAUUAUUUUAAGGACAGCCAGUAAUCAUCUUCAUAUUAUUGUCUGGUAAUCUAGGGGAUACUUUGCUGGUUGAAUUCCUAGACCGAUCCUUUCCCCAGCCCACAUGUAAAAUUUUGAUUCAGUAGACAUCCAAAUACAAAAAAAGCUUCAGUUACAUUGUGGUAAAACUUUAGUAUGAAGCAUUCCUUAAGCCCAAGCAUCUUAUAUUUCCAUUUAAUCUACAUCUUGGAGCUCACCCCAAAUGCCCCUAGGUCUCACCCGUGUCAGGAGGUCUCAUCAUUUCUGAGUGAGAAUUGACAUUUCAGAGUGCAUCGUGACAUAAGCAGAGAAUUUGGCCCAGAGAGGGGAACGUGCCCAAAAAGUAACUGAAUUCAAACUCUAGGGAGGCAGCACUGCAGAAUUUACUAAUUAAAUAUUUUGAGGUUUGGCUGGAGUACUUUUUUUCUGGCUAGCCAGUAUUUUGGAUAAAAAAUAUUAUUGUUGUUCCUUGGAAAGUUUCUGGAAGAAAUAUGUCUAACUGAAAGAAAGAACCUCAUUGAAAAUGUUUCAGCAGCAAUUUCCAGCAGCAACCUUCCAAAGAAAACACCGACCAUGCCUCUGAGUGACUCUGGCUUCCUUCCUAAGAGUACUUUUGGCAGCUCAGGAACACACUGAACAUAUAUGUAAACUCAUCUUGUUUACUGAGAGGCUUUUUCUUCUUUGGAACAGAAUCCACAGACUUACAAAGAUGUACAAAUGUAACGAAUAGUACAUUAUGCAGUCACCACCAACAAAAAGAUGUUCUCCUUUAUUUCUAGCAGAUACCCAGCAGACACCCUGCAGAACCUGCACCGCUUCCCUGCCCGGCUGUGCAUUUUUGAGGCUCUUCCCAAAGGGUCUUAUAAACUCAGUGUAGCUUUCCCCACCACGGGGCCAAGAGAAACAAAACCUGUUCACCGUGGAAACCUCCACGCCAGGCUGAAAUCCCACAUGCAUCCAUAUACAUUUAUCUACAUACGAACCAUCUGGUAGCCAGUAAGACUCUCCUUGUCUUAAGCAUUAGGUUUGCUUAUUUGUGUUUCUCCUGGGGACAAAGACAGUGAAAGGCAAUUUGUAGGGUUGAAAGCACCCAACUGUUUGCAGUGAUACAACUUUCCAUAAUGUAGCCGUUACCUAGAAAGGAGCCUGUUCAACCUGAAAUAUGCCUGUGCAGUGCCAUGCGUGUGGCACACAAUCCUCCACGUGUAGUCUCUCACUGACAGAGUAUCCGUGAUUGUGCAGGGGGAUGGCUUUGGGCUGUAACUGGCCCCUGCAGCAGGGCUUUGUACCAAAGCCUGGAUCCCAAGUUGCGCUCUGUGGAGUGAAAGGAUGUCCUGCCUUGUACAUAGAAGGUACUUAGCCAUGGUCACAGCAGUGGUAUCCCUUCUUCUGCAACCAGUACAAGUUCAGCAUAAGAUGAUCCAUGCACCACUCCUGACCCUCUUCUGGGCAGCAGCAGAGCUUCCUUCCACAUGGGUGAGGAAAACAGCUUUGCUUCCCUAAUCUCCUAGAAUAGGGAGCAAAGUCUCUCCUGCACAAGAUAGCAGCAGGAGCAUCCAUUUCUUGCUGACAACAACCAGGUCACUUGCCUGGAUUGCUGAUGGAGACAAUUUUCCCUCCCAUCAUCCUACAUCCUGGUCUGGGAAAUGCCAGUUUAUUACCUGGUCUCUGGGUUCUCCACAGGCUCAGUCACCAGGUGGACUCAGGCAGACUUGUUUUAUGAUUCUGAGACUUUGUUAUACUCAAGUGCCUCCUGGAGCCAGGUCUUCAGGAGUAGAUUAAAGGUCCUGAUAUCUUAAUAUGGCCUUGAUACCUUGAAGGUCUCACCAUAACAAGAGCCUCAGUCAUUGUCAGUCUCUGGCAGCAAAGUGUUAAUGGCCUAGCGUUAGCAGGGGACACCAGAUGGGAGCCACCCUGAACCAGAGUUUGUGCAGAGGUGGCUGGCUGCUUUCCACAGUAUGUACUUACCUUCUUGAGGAGCAGUGGUAUUAUGGUGGAUUGAUGUUGGUGAUGGGUAAAUGUAAUAAAAUGUUCGUGUAGCAGGAGAAUGAUUUCUCACCUUUAGUUCCUGCAAACUUAACGGGAAAAGCUUUAUAAAUAAUUCUGGCUUUGUUAAUUUAAGAUAUGGAUUAAAAAUUACUAUAUAUGUUUUCAAA